AUGUUGUGGGAUUUGCGGCGAAGCUACGAAUACCCCUUUAUAUCACUUUCCGACGAAUCACGCUCACGCUUACAAAACAAAAUGCAGCCGGUAAAAAUAAAAAAUAUAAAUAAAUCUUAUAUGAAAAAGCCGUUCGUUGUAAAAGGAAGGGUUAAGUUUUGCGAAGUAUUACAGAAUAAAAAUUCAACUGAACAUUUUCAUCUCAAUGCAAUCAUUUUUGAUAACAUUUCAGAGAUAGAAGUUGUGGCUUUUAAAAACUGCCAAACGUUUGCUGAGAAACUACCAAAGGACAGCGUUGUAAUGAUUGAACAUGGUGCAUUAAGAGAAGUUAAUAAAGAUUAUAAAAAAACCAAGCACAAGUAUCAAAUAAUAUUGCAGGAGAAAUCAUUAAUAACACUCAUAGAUAAUGACACGGUAAAUAUUAGUGACUUUCCACUCCAUAAAUACACUUCAGGUGCAGAUUUAUUAACUCUAACAACAGGAAUGAUAAUUGAUGUCAUUGGUGUCUGUACCCACAUCGAUAGUGAAAAGACGUUUAAUAGCCAACAACAGCUAAUCAGAAAGGCAAAUAUUUCGGUUGAUUCUGUACAAAUUGAAGUUAGGUUUUCCGGUGACAAAGUUGAUGAAAUUUACAAUGAAGGUACCACAUUGUACUUGCAUAUUGUCAAAUAUAUUAAUUACAGUGGAUUUAUAUAUUUAUCUGUUGGGGAUUCAAGUUUUGUCCAAUGUAAUACACAACAGUCAUCAAAUGGUAUGGACACAAAACAGUUACAACAAUUGGAAACAGUCAAGAAAUUUUGCCAAGAUUCAACAGUUGAAUUACCAGAUCAAAAACCUUCGAUUUCAAGUAUUACCCAAUCUAACAAUAAAUCAACAAUUGAAUCACCAGAACAAAGACUUUCGACAUCAAGUGUUACCCAAUCUUACAAAAAUUUGGUGGAUGAAUCAAUUGACGAAAGACCUUCGACUUCAGGCUCAACCCCGUCCAACAAGAGAAAAACUCAUGAUUUCAAAGUUGAAGAAGUUUCCCCGAAAAUUCCAAAAAAAACUGAGUCUGAUGAGGCAUUUUCUGACGUGAGAUUCGCUAAUAUGGUGAUAAAUUUCAUGCAAAAGGUCAACAAUAACAAGCGUGUUGUACAAUUGAGUAUUUUAGAAUUUAUCUCAAACAUGCUCAAAGAAGACGAAGACAACUAG